ACUGAAAGGCUUGCUGAUGAUGAACUCCAUGAAUUCAUCAUCUUAUGGACACAAUGUGUCAACUGUUGUCAGAGACUCUUACAGCACAGCUGUGGCUAAAAAUGUGAUUGUUAUGUCUCUUGGAUUUAUAAUCAACUACAUAAAUGGAUCACUGGUCCACACAUUCAGAAAACACCAGAUAUUUUAUAUGAAUCCUCGUUACAUCCUAUUCAUCCACCUGGUGGUCAAUGAUAUGAUUCAACUCACUACAACAAUCAAUCUGUUUGUGUUAAGUUACAUUUUCUACAAAAUUAAUGCUUCCCUCUGUUGUAUGAUUAUUACCUUUGCUGUGUUCACCACCAUUAACUCUCCACUAAAUCUAGCUGUCAUGGCAGUGGAGUGCUAUAUUGCCAUUUGUUUACCACUGCGACAUGCAGAGCUCUGCACUGUUAAAAAAACAUAUAUUCUGAUUGGUUGGAUUUGGGCAACAAGUGCAGUCACUACCCUGCCUGAUGUGUUUCUUAUUCUGGCAACAAAACCUAUGCAGUUUUUCUUUUCUACAAUUUUCUGUGAGAGAGACAACCUGUUUCGACAUCCCUUGAGCAUUAAAAAGAGAAAUGUGUCGUAUAUAAUUUACCUGGUUGGUGUUUGGCUCUUUCUCUUUUACACUUAUUUCCAAAUAUUCUUUGCUGCCAAAGCAGCAAAAUCAGCCAAAGGAGAUGCAAAGAAGGCCAGGAACACAAUCCUUCUUCAUGGCUUUCAGUUACUGUUAUGUAUACUUACCUAUAUAUUUCAUGUGGUACUACAGGGUCUGUUGUAUUUAUUCCCUAAAAGUCCCCUAAACGUUUCCUUUGCUUGCUAUAUCAUCAUUCAGAUUCUCCCCAGGUUGGUCAGUCCUAUUGUAUAUGGGCUACGAGACAAGACAUUUAGACAGCACUUGAAAAAGCAUCUGCUGUGGACAAGCAUCAAACCAUAAACUAGAUAAAGAGGAAACAUUGAUACACCUUUGAUUUGUGAAUUAUGAUUCAUUUUUACCA